AAGAAACCGGCGGCACUACCUACCUACUACUACUACCGACUUUCCCUCUUGCUCCCGCUUUCAGACUUCCUUCAGUCAUCCAGUUCCAGCUUCACUUCAGACUGUCAACGUAGCUAUCGUGAGAUUCAGUUCCAGAUCUGCCUCUGUUGCUGCCCGAAGGCACUGUUUUCCAGUUCCGUUUGUGCCUCCCUGCCCUAGAGGUGGAACUCUUCGAGAAGCAUCUUGACUUCGGCGCGCCCGUCACCCAUUCAUAUUGAGCCACAAUGGCCCACGACAACCGUGAACCCCGCGAGGUCAAAAACCACCUCCUCUUUGAGGUGGCGACCGAGGUCGCCCAUCGAGUUGGUGGAAUCUACUCCGUUCUCAAGUCGAAAGCUCCAGUUACAACCGCUGAAUAUGGCGACCGUUACACUCUUAUCGGUCCCCUGAACCACCAAUCGGCGGCCGUCGAGGUUGAAGAGCUAGAGCCAUCCAACCCCGAACUAAAGGCGACGAUUCAGGCCAUGAGAGACCGUGGCAUCGGCAUUCUUUACGGACGAUGGCUCAUUGAGGGAGCUCCCAGAGUGUUGCUCUUCGAUACAAAGACCGCUUACGGUUACAUGAACGAGUGGAAGACGGACCUCUGGAAUGUUGCUUCCAUCCCAUCUCCGGACAACGACGAAGAGACGAACGAGGCCAUUGUCUUCGGUUACCUGGUCGCAUGGUUCCUGGGCGAGUUUGUAUGCCAUGAGAAGAGAAAGGCCGUCAUCGCCCACUUCCACGAAUGGCUUGCCGGUGUCGCGCUGCCAUUGACCAAGAAGAGGCAGAUUGACGUUACCACCAUCUUCACGACACAUGCCACUCUUCUCGGUCGCUAUUUGUGCGCCGGCUCAGUAGACUUCUACAACAACCUUCAGUGGUUUGACGUUGACGCCGAGGCUGGAAAGCGCGGAAUCUAUCAUAGAUACUGCAUCGAGCGAGCUGCCGCCCAUUCCUGCGAUGUCUUCACCACCGUUUCCCACAUCACAGCUUACGAGAGUGAGCAUUUGCUCAAGCGCAAGCCCGAUGGUGUCCUCCCCAAUGGUCUCAACGUCACCAAGUUCUCGGCCAUGCACGAGUUCCAGAACCUCCACCAGCAAAACAAGGAGAAGAUUCAUGACUUUGUCCGUGGUCACUUCUACGGCCAUUACGAUUUUGAGCCAGAAAACACGCUCUACUUCUUUACUGCGGGUCGCUACGAGUUCAGGAAUAAGGGUGUGGACAUGUUUAUCGAGUCGCUUGCCCGUCUCAACCACCGCCUCAAGACCGCCGGAAGCAAGACGACAGUUGUUGCUUUCAUUAUCAUGCCUGCCCAGACCACUUCCUUGACCGUUGAAGCAUUGAAGGGACAGGCUGUCAUCAAGUCUCUGAGAGAUACCGUCGAUGUUAUUGAGCGUGGAAUUGGCCGCCGCAUCUUUGAGCGCUCUGUCAAGUGGCACGAGGGCGACCCGUUGCCUGAGGAGAAGGAGCUGAUUACCAGUCAGGACCGUGUUCUCCUUCGUCGUCGUCUCUUUGCCAUGAAGAGGCACACGCUCCCACCCAUUGUUACCCACAACAUGCUCAACGACCACGAGGACCCAAUUUUGAACCAGAUCCGCCGGGUACAGCUCUUCAACCAUCCCUCAGACCGAGUCAAGAUUGUUUUCCAUCCCGAGUUCUUGAGCUCGGCCAACCCCGUGUUGCCUCUCGAUUACGAUGACUUUGUGCGCGGCACCCAUCUGGGCGUCUUCGCUUCUUACUACGAGCCUUGGGGCUACACUCCGGCAGAAUGCACUGUGAUGGGUGUACCAAGCAUCACCACCAACCUCUCUGGAUUCGGCUGCUACAUGGAGGAACUCAUUGAGAACUCGAGCGACUACGGUAUCUACAUCGUGGAUCGUCGCUCCAAGGGAGUCGAUGACUCGGUCAACCAGCUUACUCAGUACAUGUUUGAAUUUACCCAGAAGAGCCGCAGACAGCGCAUCAACCAGAGAAACAGAACCGAGCGUUUGAGCGAUCUCUUGGACUGGAAGCGAAUGGGUAUGGAGUACGUCAAGGCACGCCAACUUGCGUUGCGCCGCGCCUAUCCUACAUCUUUCAAUGGCGAGGAGGAGGAAGACUUCAUCCCAGGAGUCGAGCAAAAGAUAUCUCGUCCCUUCUCAGUACCGGGCUCGCCUAGAGACCGGACUGGUAUGAUGACCCCUGGCGAUUUUGCUAGUCUUCAGGAGAGUCACGAGGGUCUGAGUACCGAGGACUACGUUGCAUGGAAGUUACCUGAGGAAGAGGACCCCGAAGAGUAUCCUUUCCCGCUUACCCUGAAGCAGCGUACGGGGCCGGGUAGCCCCCUCGACAGUAUUCAGGGUCUACAACUCAACGGCACCAGGUAACGCGAGCUCUGUUGCCUUGGUCUUCUUUCAACAUCGUCCAGUCAUUGGUUGUCAGGGUUUAUGUUUCCCCAAAAAAAAAUACACGGGCUUCGUUGGGCGGAAAUCUGAUUUGUUCGUCCGAGCUAUUCACCCUGGUCCCCGGGAGCACUGGAGCUCGCAGAGCAUAGCAAGACGAGGGUGCGAUAGAAGAGUCCUAUCAUUGUCGGGUUGAGCAGGUAUAAGGGUUGACGGGAGAAGGGCCGAGACGUGGGGACGUAGUAUCCUCCCGGUCCUCCUUUCAACCUUCGUGGUCCCCGGUGAAGUCAAGCUCUUGUAAAGCCAAAGCGGAGCGAGUUCCAGUCCUCGACGUCGGGUUCUGAGCAGGGUACAUUAGGGUAGGAACAGGACCGACGAUGUGUGUAACUGUACAGUGUAUUUGGCUGGCGGAGGAUUCCAUCGUUUUCUUGUAUCUAAUAGAAUCGGGCUUUCUCAGGACAUUGAUGGUGGUGAUUCUAUAUGCUCAAAUAGGCCGGCCGGCCUUUAGUAAUAGGGUAUAUGUAGGCCCUGCACAUCCAUUUUCCCCAAAGCUGAAUGCCGAUAAAUAGAAUGGAUUUUGACAC